ACAAAACAAUAUUUUACGCAUAAGUAUUAAAUAUUUUCAGCAUUAAAUGCUGAAAGGGUCGGUGUAAUUUUUGUUACUGUUAAAGAAGUCUCUGGCUGUUAGAUGGAGAACUAAAAAACUGGCUGUUUUGCUGGAUGCUAAUUUCUGAAUCGCCUUUUCGUUUUGAGUGUAUUGGCCCUUGUCGUGUGCCGUACUUUGGCUGCCUAGAAACCGGCCUAACAAGCCGACAGGUGCGAAGUUAGAAGUUAGUCUUAUGUUUUUAUCUGCAAAAACAACAAAAAGUACGUCUCAUGAUGAACAAGGAUCUGAGUGAAGAAGCAUUACAGGACCUCUACGCUUGGAUUGAUAAAAUAAAACUCUCCAGACCUAAAAGGAAUAUCUCACGCGACUUCAGUGAUGGAGUUAUGGCUGCUGAACUUGUAAAGCACUUCUUCCCCAAGAUGGUGGACCUACACAACUACACACCUGCACACUCCACUCACCAGAAGCUGACUAACUGGAACAUGCUAAACAGGAAGGUUUUCUACAGGCUGAACUUCCAUGUACCAGAGGACAUUUUAAAGAAGAUCACACUCAACAACCCGGGCAGCAUCGAGCCGGUUCUGUGUGCUCUCAGACAGAAAAUAGAGGAAAGACAAGCAAGGACAGUUUCAUACUGCACAAAGGAUUUAGAAUGCUUUGCCACUGAGAAUGAAAAUGCAAACACAGAAAAUGGCCCAGUCACUCUUGGGAACUCAAACAAGGCACCAGGUCCUGUGAAAAAGACCCAGAAAUCUGACCCUCCUAUAGUGCUAGGUGAAAAUGUAGACCCAGCCUUCCGUUUGCUGUUGGAGGAGAAGGAACUGGCUCUGCAGGCUUUACAGGAGACUGUAGAGAUUUUACAGACAAAAGUGAGCCGUCUGGAGCAUCUGGUUCACCUGAAGGACCUACGCAUUGAGGACCUGACUAAACACUUGGAGAAGUACAAAGCCCGUAACAAUAUUCCAUGAACACCAAUACCAUGAUCACAGUAUGAUCCAUACAGGGCUAAAAAGAAGACAUUUUACCUUUUACCUCCUGAGUCAUCUUGUCUUCCUCACUCUCUUAAUGCUAUCACUGAUGGCAAAAGUGUAUUUAGUCAUUAUAGUUAAUAAUGCUGUAAUAAUAAGAAGAAUGUUCAUCCUGAGUGAUCCUAAGUGUGAGGGGCUUAGUGGCUAGCACAUUUGUAUCACACUUCCAGGGUUGGGGGAUUGAUUCCCAACUCCACUUUGUGUGUCUGUGUGUGGAGUUUGCAUGUUCUUGCUGUGCGUUGGAAGUUUCCUCCAAGUACUCCAGUUUCCUCCCCUAGUCCAAAGACAUACACUGGAGGUUGUUUGGCAUUUCUAAAUUGUGCAUGGUGUGAGUGUGUGAUUGUGCCUUGAGAUAGACUGACAUCAUGGGCAGGGUAUACCCUGGAACCCAGGGUAUGUUAUGAACCCAGAAACCAGAAGGAUAAGCGGUGAAGAGAAUGGAUGGAUCCUGAGCAUUCUUAAAUGUAGCAGAAUCACACUCUACAUACCUCAAGGAUGAAAUUGAAAUUAUUUGAAAUGCUAACAUGUUUCUAUUUGUUUUCCUAAACAUUUUGUUUUGUAUUAUUAUUGCUUCACUAUAUGCUGUAGCUGCAGAUUAUUUGAGUCUGCAAAAUCGCCAUUUAUUAAAUCUGAAAGCUUUG